AUGGCAUCUCAAGAUACCCACACUUUCAGAUUACCCAUUGACAUUCCAGCUCCUGUCACUGCUGCUAACUUUGCGGUUCGAGUUGAUGUCAAUGAAAUCGCCUACUUGCAUUGUGAUUGGGAGCGUGAUGCUGUUUUUCAUCAGUUCAACCUUAAUGAGCUACUGUUGCAACGACAAGACAUUCCCUUAGCAACGAUUGAAGAAGAAACCGAGGAUGAGGACGAUUUGUCACCCGUUACACCGUGCAGUAAUCCAGAAUUUCUGUCACUUUCAUCGGCCGAAAUAAUUUGCCCGAUUUGUAUGGACACAUACGAUGAUCCUCGAACGCUUUCUUGUGGUCAUUCAAUAUGCAAUAAUUGCGUUGAGCACAUGAAGGCUACAGCUAAAAAUAACACAAUUCGAUGUUUCGCGUGCCGUAAAGCAACAACCAUACCAGCAGCGGGUUUGCCCGUUAAUUUCGGUUUGAAAGAUGCUAUCGAAACAUUGGAGAAAGCUCGACAAUUGAGUCUUUCGAAUCUGAGAUGCGGCAGAUGUCGAACACAGUGUGAUGAAUGCGACAUGUGGAUUUGUCUGAAGUGUUGUCAGGAACGAGCUGUUCUCGAAACAUCAUUUCCAACGAAAACUGAGGAGCUUCCCGAUGGUGCGGAUGAGAAAGAUGAUGCAGCAACUGCACUGACGAAGAGAUAUUCAUUUUGUGCAUCGUGCAUUCUGAAGCAUCAUUCUAACCACAGAGUGGAUGAAUUGAGCACAUUCAGGUUACAUUCUUUUGUUGAACGUGAUGUGAUGCUUGAAAGUAUAACACUUCAAUGCUCAGAUUGUGAUAAAUCAACGUGA